AGUUCCCACACAUAGCUGAGCUGUAGCUGCCCCACAGCAAUAUUCUCUGCUAAGUUUUAAACGUUACAAUUCUGUGGUUUAGGUUCUGCAUUUGAUGUUUUAGCAUGAUGGAGCUGGGGACAAGGCCAGACUGGAAUUUAACAAGCACUGGGGUUGGACAUGACUACAGACCUCACCAACAUUUCCCUCCCUGCAAGGUUAGGUCGACCGUUUCAGACCCGCUUCCACCUAUCCUCCAACAACCAGCAGAGGACACAACGUUUGAUGAACUCACAAAAUAUACUUAUGAGACGAGCACUGGAAACACUUAUACCAGGAAGUACCCAGGGGGUAUCCUCGCUCACCCUACAUACCUCAAAGCCCCCGCUCUUUGGAAAGUCCAUUACAACAAGGAUUUCAAGGACAAGCUGAAAAGUCGGAGACCUGGUUUGGAUCAUCGGAACCAGAGCAGUGAGAUGAAAGCAGAGUACCAGGGCCUUCCAGCCAAGCCUUUUAAUUCAGGCGUGCAGCCAUUUGCUUUAGAAGGUCACCUGAACAAGGGACCAUCACAGGCUAUGGUUGCAACCACGGAGAACAAGGUACUGUCUGGAGAACCAUUCUACAUAAAAGACAAAGGAGUCCUUACCCUCAAUGACCUGUACAACACCACUACAGCCCGUGACUUUAGGGUGUUCACUGACAAAGAACUGGAAGGAUAUGCCAAAAAAGAUGCCCUGACAUAUUGGCAAGCUGAAGACUACCCCAAGGUCUGGGGACAUGGUCUUAAAGAAAACCCUCUUCCAAAACAAACUCGACCAAUUCUCCGACAAAAACCACCAAUGCAGGACACAAUCCAGUUUCCCACCGCGAUUAAACAGCAACAGGUACCUCCAAACAAAAAGGAACUCCCUCACAGAGCCUUCAAGUCCCUGGCUCAAGAAAGCUUCCAGUGGCCUCUGGAUGUGAAGAGAACCAUCGAUGUCCACUGCCCAAUAGAAUGUCCUUGGACCACUACCCGUGAAGGACCUUUACCAGCCAUAAUGUCUGUGCCCAAAAUGUAUAAAACAGUGAAUGAAACAUAUGGCAGCAAGCGACCUGAUACAUUUUGAGAGAACGGACAAUUAAAGUAAAUAAUUUUACAUUAAUCAAUGCAAACAAACAAGCAAA